UGGAAAUUAACUCAAAAGGUCUUGUUCAGUGAAGCAGCUUCAUCAUUUCAAUCAUCACAUUGAUCACAUCAUUCAGCAUCAAAUACGUGCUCUUAAAUCCCUUUGUUGUGUCAUUGCCUGCAAAGAAAACCCAAGGUCUUGCAUGUAUAAUGGUGAUUAAAAACUGUUUUGUAGCAAUGGAAUGCUUCUAAACCUUGCCUGGAAUUCUUCCGGAAAGAUGUCUCGUGCUGAUGUUAAAAAGCCUUCCCUCUGCACCACUGGGCCUUUAACUAAGGAGAUGAUUAGCCAGGCUGUCUUAGCAUUUAGUAAAAUAAUGAGGUCCUGCUAUGGCCCCACAGGUAGGCUUAAACAAUUUCACAAUGGCAUGGGAGGAUAUGUUCGUAUUUCAUCACAGUCUUCGGUUUUGCUCAGUAGCCUUUCUGUCACUCUUCCAGUCUUAAAGCUUCUGGUAGCCUCUGUGCAGAAUCACCUUGCGCUCUUCAGGGACAGUGGCUUAUUUACAGCAAUUUUUUGCUGCAGCUUGCUUGAGAAAUACCAAACGCUGAACAUUGGUCCUCAUACUUUCAUUAAAAUCAGCAAGCAUGUUUUGAGCCUGUGCAUUGACUACCUUUCAUCUGAAACCUGUGGUUGCCGAAUAGCAGUGGAUUUCAGCAGUUCUAAGCUUCUCCUUAGCCUAGUGCGCAGUAUCAUACUGAGCAAACGGGCCUGCAUACUUAGCAGGAAGGAAGCUGAUCAUAUCAGCAUAUUGGUGUUAAAGGCCUUUCUGUUUACAAUCCCCCAAAACACGGAUUCCAGUGCUAUGCUAGGCAAAUGCCUUUACAUACCUGUAAAAAAUAAGAGAGUUAUGGAUUCUGCUGUAUAUCCUGGACUUUUAAUUGAAAUGCCAGAAUUGCAUCUGUCGCUGCCUUUCAAAAGAACUGCUUCAGGCCAGAUCAAAGUGGCACUUUUUUGCAUGUCUAUGUCAGGAGAUUUGUCUCAUGUGGGAGAAGGAGCCAUAGUUAUCCACCGUGGAGUUUCUCUAGAAGCUGAAGUGUUAGAUCAGUUGCUCAAUGUAGGCAGGCAAGUGAUAACCGAUGGUGUUGGUCUUGUGAUAUGCCAGAAGGUCAUCCACCCAACCUUGAAGCAGUAUUUAAAGGAGAACAAUAUUGUUGCUGUCGAGAGAGUUGGAAUAAGAAUGAUGGAGCCCUUGAAGGAAAUGACAGGUUCUCAGCCAAUACCUUCUUUACAAUUCCUGUCUCCUGCUUGCUAUGGACAUCUGAAGGACUUACAAACGCAGUGUUUUGAUUCAAAAUGGUUCCUGCAUCUAAUUCCUGAUGAGCCAGUUGUCUGCAGCUUGCUCCUCUGUAAUAGGAAUGAAACAGCAUGGGAUGAACUAAAGCUUGCUUGUCAAACUGCAGAACAUGCUUUGCAGUUAACAGUCAAAGAUCCGUGGAUUUUGCUGGGCGGAGGCUGUACCGAAACUCAUGUGUCCUCCUACAUAAAGCACAAGACUUGUAGUGUAACAGAGAGCACCCUGGAAGAUCUAUGCUGUUCUUCAGAGGAGUUCCACUUAGUAACUGACUGUUUUUGCCGCUCACUGGAGUCCAUUGCUCGCUCUCUGGAGCAUGACAGUGGUGAUGUUCUCCUUGAUACCCACUGGGGACAUUCUUGGUCUAUUCCACCUCACAUUCCUAGCAACUCCGAUUGGUCAGAUUUUGUUCAAAGGUGUGGGUGCGGCCUUUGCAAUAAACAGGAAGGCCUCAACUGGAAGAUGUUAAAUUGUCCUUCUGUUUCUUUCCUUCCCCAAAAUGGUGUUGACGAGUCCUCAGUAACCUCUGCUGACAAUCUUGUCCUGGAUUGUUUUGCCGCAAAAAGGAAUGGUCUGCAAGUUGCAGUGGAGACAGCCCAUCUCAUUUUAGAUCUGUCACAUAUAAUUGAAGAUCGUAAUUAGCUGCGUGUGCGCAUUCAGCCAGCAUUAUAUAUUUGUGCUGGCAUUUCUAGGCCUCUUUCCAACCACAUCUCCUUGCAACUUCUGAAAAACCUGGAACAAACAUUGGAAUUCUCAAGGUCACGAUUGGGGUCUCCCACCAGUCUGCAGCUGAAGGGAAAAUCGGUUCCUUCUGCAUCACUGACCCC